AUGUUCAUCGACUCGCACCUGCAACAUGUGACGAAGUACCGGCACGGUUGGAGCCAAGCUACGAGCGUUCUAAGCCCGGUGGGCGGAACUGGAAUCGAGGUUCCUGUCUUCUUUGGCAUUUUCCUGAUGGGUGUCAGCGCUGCGAAUGGCGGCGGCGCUGCAGCGUCGAAGCCGGCGACCAAGCAGGUGAAGACGACCAAGAAGUCCCGCAGGGCGCUUCAUAUUGCACCGCCACGCAUGAAAUCUCGGCGUAAAGCUCGACAGGUGACCACGAACUUCCACCGGUUGACGCAUGAGCUGGACCAUCUCAAGCAGCAAAAGUCAGCGGACGCUGACGCCCAGAAACUGCGCGUUGCUGAGAUCAAGAGGCAGCUGGAGGAGCUAGGCGGGCGACAGGCCUACCAGGAUGCUAGCAUCCUCAGUACGAGCUUCCAUCGCACUUCCAAGUGGGUCUUCCAGUUGCUCACGCGCUUUGAGCUGCGGCCCAAAGCCAAGCAGCCACCGUUGCGGGUGUUGGAGGUUGGCGCUAUCAACACGCAGCUGCUGUCGUGUCCAUGGAUGGAUGUGCGAGCUAUCGAUCUUAACUCGAGACACGAACGCAUUGAGCAGCGCGACUUUUUUAGCCUCAAACCAGCGGGCGAGUUCCAAGUUCUUGUGUCCAGUAUGGUGCUCAACUGCGUCCCUGGAGCCGACAAACGCGGCGAAAUGCUGCGACUUUAUCGGGAACACUUGAAGGAAGGCGGCUUGUUGUUUCUAAUGCUGCCGCUGCUGUGUUUGCGUCACUCCCAGUUCAUGACGUACGCGCGCUUCACCAAGAUCUUGGAGGCCGUGGGCUUCCGCGUGCGAGAGACCAAAGACUCGCCCAAAGUGGCUUUCUUCUGCCUGGAGCGGAUCGAGACUGUGGACGAGAACGCUUCGUUUCCUCAUAAACUGCUGGUGUCAGGCGACAAGCGCAACGACUUCAGCGCCGUCAUCUAG